AUGACCACGCAUACAGCGCCACGUGGCUUGUGUCUUCUUGUUUGUGUCCACUGGGCCUGGGCCAAGACCAGAAGGAUCUCUGGCCAAGGUCAUCCCCACGUCAAGCCAGCCUUAAAAGUGUUUGUUGCGGAGUAUUGCUUAUAUCCUGUUCUGGCAUUGGAGGCACGGUGCUUCUAA